AUGGUUACCACCGUCGUCCUGCUCAGGCCCAAAGCACGACCUAUCUCGUUGGUCUCUCCCUUGGCAGGAGUAAGCAAAAAGGAAGAACCAAGUGAUAAAAAACAGAAAGUUGAAAGCAAAAAGGAAGUGAUGAAAGUUCCAAAAUUUGGAGGAAAGAAGAUAUCCAGAUCUUUAGAGUUGCCUAAGAGAUUUGAAGAUGGCAAAUUGACUGAUAUGGGAGGUGGCAUUAGACAUUGUAAUUCUUCAGUCGGGUUUGGUGCUGGUGCAUUUAGUAUUAGCAGAAUCCCUUUAACAAGUCAUGGAAGUUAUGGUCCCCCAUCAUACACAUCUUCAAGCACUGUAACUGCUGAAGCAGGGAAACUAAUGCAUUCAUCCUUGGGAGGCCCUAGUGAGCUUCCAUCACAAAGCCACACUGCUGCUCUGUCCGUCAAAAUGACUGGUUCUUCAAGUGGCUUGGCAUCUUUAGCAGAAAAGAUUGGUACCCAUAGUAUUAAUGUUAGUGGGCACUCAUUAGCAUCUGAUGCUCUUAACAGGCUCAAAAGCAAUAAUACAGGUGUUUCAAAUGGAGAAGUGAAGAGUAUUUGCCCAUACUUUGAGAAAGCCAAAAGAAGUUUGCCACAGGUUGCAAGUAAGGAAUCUCAUGAGCACUCUGUCGACAACCAGAAGAAAAGACUGUGCCAAUCUGUUCCAUCAGUUUCUUGGUCAGAGAAUGCAGAGUUGCAGAGAUCAUCACCUUCAGUGAAAAGCAGUCUGUCUUUUCAAAAUAAAGAAUCAUGGAAAGUGUAUAUGUCAUCUCUCUUGCAAAGUCCAGAGAUUGUGUAUACUAAACCCCCUGCAUCAUUAAAAGCUCACGAAUAUGAGGCUACAGGACCUGAAACUACUAGAGCCAAGGCAGGGACAACUCCAGCAGAAGCCUCUGUGCAGCCUUGCACAUCACAUCGUCUACUACCAAUUAGUACUCCAGACCAGGUAUCCAAUGUUUCCGAUCCCAACACCAUUUCCAUGUUAGAAUCCAAGAUGGACAAGAAGUUUGAGUUCAAACGGAUUUAG